AUGCCACGUACUCGUAGUCUUGGACAAGCGGGAACGGCCGUACCUCGUCGACCGACUCGAGUGGUUGAGGAUGAUAGCGACGAAGAUGAUUCAAACCCUGGCAUGUAUUCUAAACUUUCGACCGAUACUAUGGUUCCAUUAGUAUCAUCAACUCCAAUGAGACCUGGAGCUGUGCAAGUAGCUCACUUAGAACCCGUGUCUCGACUUUCAACUAUUGAAGACGUCGACUCCUCUAAGGAGAACGAGUUUUCUCCCACAGAUGCACUGGGCAAAAUGCCACCGGUAACUCCAGCUAGGAAGCAAAAUCGUGUUUCCUUUGCUCCUAUUCCCUCUGGUAAACCAACCAAUGGAUCAGCCCCUCCAACUCUAGCACCAUCACAUCAAGCUUUGGCUCGCCUAGGUAAUGCUGGCCAUCCACUAACAGAGCUUGAUCUGAACAACCGCCUUCCACCCCCACCACAGACACCAUUAGCCUAUCCAGCAACCCCGUCUGAGGAUCUUGAUAGUACUAUCGAAGCUGUCCGUAAAGUUUCAUUAGACUCUACUUCACCUACUUUCCGGUCUCCAUCAAAGAUUGCAAAUUAUUUGGAGCAAUCCUCUGAAACACCACACCAACGACUGACUAUCCAUAAAUUAGUCCUCACUAAUUUCAAAUCUUAUGCAGGUCGUCAAGAAAUUGGUCCUUUUCACAGUGUAAGUACUAUGAAAAAGUCAACCAACCAUUCAUGUACUAACUUCACCACAGUCUUUUUCUGCAGUAGUGGGCCCCAACGGAUCGGGAAAAUCCAACGUUAUUGA